AUGAUAUCAAAUCACAAACUAAACAAAACAUCUGUAUUGUUAGUUAUAAUUUUAUUCAUUAUAAGAUGUGGAAUUGCUCCAGUAUUUUCUCUUAUAAGUGAUUGCGACGAAACUUAUAAUUACUUGGAUCCGUUAAAUUUUCUACUAAGAGGUUUUGGUAAAGAAACUUGGGAAUAUUCGCCAGUUUAUUCCAUUAGAUCCUGGGCUUUUUUAUUACCAUUCUACUCUAUAUUAAAACCAUUGUCAGCAAUCGGUUUACUUCCCAGUGAUUUGUUAUUUUUCAGUUUAAGGUUUGUUUUAGGUGCAUUUUCUGCAUUGAGUGAGAUAUAUUUGUUUAAGCAGUUAUUAACUACUUUUAACUUAACACAAGCCAAUUGGUGGCUUUUUUUGCAAAUUUUUAACCCUGGUUGGUUUCAUGCAUGUGUUGAAUUGCUACCUUCUUCAUUUGCCAUGAUUUUACUAUUAUUAUCUACAGGCCAUUUUUUAAAAUAUUUGAGUACUAAAUCCACAGUAUCAUUUAUAAACUCUUUAAUAUUUGUUUUCAUUGCAGGUAUUUUAGGCUGGCCGUUUGUUUUAUUAAUAGCGGUACCAUUAGUGUUACAAUAUGUUGUGUCAAAACACAAAUGUUUUUUCACCAAUGUUUUUAAAACCGGUGUCAAAAGUUUGAUUGGAUUAUUUUUGAUUAUCUUUAUAGUGUUGACUAUUGAUUCAAUAAUCUAUGGUAAAAUAACCCCAGUUUUCUACAAUAUCGUAAGUUAUAACGUUUUACAAGCCAACGAGGAAACCGGCCCCAAUAUUUUUGGAGUUGAACCAUGGUAUUAUUAUGUUCUAAAUUUGGUAUUAAAUUUCCCUAUUUUAACUCUACUCGGAGUAGUUGGAUUUUCAUUACUUGUUCCAUUUGAUCACAAUUUAAUCCAAAUUUUACCUAUUUUUUCUCAAUUAUUUAUUUGGAUUGGUGUUUUCAUUUCACAACCACAUAAGGAAGAAAGAUUUCUUUAUCCUAUCUAUGGGUUAAUUACAUUCACAGCCAGUUUAUUCUACACGAAAAUCUUUCAGAACAAUGCCACAACAAUGCAAAGUAACAAUAGGUUACAACUAACAAUUAAAUCUUUUGUCAAACUUUUCAGCAUAACUGCUAUUAUUAUCCAAUCGUUAUUGAGAAUAUAUGCUCUAAUUAAUAAUUAUACUGCACCAAUUGGCGUUUAUUUCCACUUAUUCGAUAUCCAGGAUAUUCUUACUGAAUAUAAAACAAACAACACAGAUAAUUCUUUAAUUAAUGUUUGUGUUGGUAGAGAAUGGUAUCAUUUCCCCACUUCUUUAUUACUACCAGAUAAUUUCCGCAUAAGAUACGUUCCCAGUGGGUUUGAUGGUCUCUUACCUGGCGAUUUUAAUGAAAAAGUUGAUAAGUUAACAAGCAUUAGAUCUAUUCCACCAGGUAUGAAUAAUGCAAAUAGAUUUGAUGCGGGCAAAAUUUUUGAUCAUAAAGAUUGCGAUUUAUACGUUGAUAUAUCUUCAACCAUUGGCGAGAAGGAUAUUUUCAAUCCGCAAAAUAUGAAUGCCAUAUACUGUGAAAAAUUUAUUGAUAUUGAGAACAGUAAGCUUUUAGGUAGAGCGUUCACUCUUCCUACACCAAUUACUGAUUUACCAACAGUAGCCAAAAAUUUAAACAAAAUUUACCAUGUGGAAUAUAAGGAUUAUUGUGUAUAUAGUUUAUUAUAA